UUCUUACACACACGCUCUCUCUCCCACCCCCGUCGCGGAGGCCUCAAGGCGGUUCUGGAAUUUCGAAGUUAAUCCGACUUCACCGAGAAGCUGCGAAGUCAGUGGAACAUCAGGAUCAAGAAUAGUAAGACUAACAUAACGCAGACAUGGAAGACAUGCGAAUUAAUCCAAAAAACCCUGCGGUAGAGGCGAUGAAAGAGGAAGAAGAGGAACGUCGCGAAGGCGGGAAAUCCGACGAAAGGAUGAACUGGAUGCCUGGAGAGAAGCAGGUUUCUGCAGCAUCAGUAGUCAAAGAGACUGCAGCUAGGCAUAGAAGUCCUUGGGAAUUAGCCAAAGAUAUUGAUGUUCCUUCACAAAAUGAAUUGAAAGACAAUGCAGGAGAGGCUUGUUCUCUGUUUCAAAACACUAGCAAAGCCAGUGGCUCAGAACAAGGGAUGUGUAAGGAAGAGGUUGCACAUCAUGAGACCAGUCAGCCACGGGCUGUCAUGAGUGUUGAAUCUGUUUCAGAAAAGUGUAGCAAAAAUUCUGAGACUCUGUCAGGCAAAGUGCACAAGCCCUCCUUUCAGAGAAUAGGGCCAAAGAUGAAAUUGCCACAUUCCCUCUUUCAGAAGGCAAGCAUGGCUGAGGCUGAAUCCUCAGACUUUGUUGAAAUGUUUGAAGAAUCUGAUGUUACUAUUUUGACUUCUCAACCUCACUGCCAAGCAGAUAUAGAAGAUUUUAGUAGACCUUCAGGUCUACUGGUAAAAGAGGAUGAGGCACCACAAAGUGAGCCACAGGUGGCAUCUGUCCCAGUGAAAAAGAAAGUACCAACAUUUGGAAAAGUACGCAUCAAAUCAACAAAGACUUUUGUAGGCUCAGGUGCUCAGAAGAUAAAUACAAGUUGUGUUAACAGUAAUUGCCAUAACCCAAAAAAUGCAAAAUUAACUGCUGGAUUUAAUCCAAAAAUAAAAGAGCAUCCUCUGACAGAAUCCUCCUUUACACAACCUAUACAUAAUUUCCAAGGCAUAAAAGAAAAGGAUACAAGUAAAACCUGCAGUAAACAUGAAGAAAUGUUAUCAAAAUCCAAAUGUACUAAUGAAAGAGGGAAUCAGCAGUGCAUGACUAAGCCUUUAUUAUGUGAAACAAGUCUGCAGGAGAAAAAUGUAAAUGCUAAAGAGGAUGACUUAAUAAUCAAGGAUGAUGAUACCCAAACUGACACAAGUACAGCAGCGAAUGCAUCACAAAGAAUAGAUGCUGCCAAGAAAGAAGUAUUUCAUACAAAAGUUCAAGCAUUUGAUAAAGAACUCAAAGAAGACUCAGACACAGUAGAAUCAAGAGCUUCCCACUUCACGGUCGGCAUCCUCACACCUGCACAACUAAAUAAAGAUUCAGUGACAGAGAAAAAUGAGAACAGAGAGAUUAAUAAUAUCAAUAAAUUGGUGAAGAAAAAUCCAGCUUCCAGUUUCUCUGUUCCUCACACAAAUGAUGAGAAAUCUGAUGGCAAAGAGUCAAAAAAAAAUGUAAAUCCAAGCAAAAUGACAGAAGAAAAAUGGGAGAAUAUGUUAUGUGGUGUGACAGAUACAACAGAUGAGCACAUAAUAGACACUGCAUUUAAACAGGACGAUUGUAAUCAAGAGCAGCAGGAGUUGGAAACAGACAACAGAUAUAAAGGGAAAAAGAGGAAAAGACAGAAGAGAAACAUUGCAAAAUGCAAGAAAUUAAUGGCAGAAGCAAAACAUGAAGACAGUGUACAUGAAUUUGAAAAAGACUGUGAUGCCUUACAGUCAAAGGAUGUUGGAAUUAAAACUAGAAAAUUUGAACCACUACUUGAGAAAACUUUACAUGAUAUAUGCAAGCCUUCAGAUAAAAAAUCUCUGAAGAACUUAAGUGUUAGCAGUCACUUUGAAGAAUCUGAAAACUUUCCUUAUUUGGAAUUGUCAGAAGAGCCCUCCACACCCUCUUCAUCUGAGGUGCAAGAAGAUUAUGCUUCUUCCAUGAGAGAUGGUGAUCAGCACACUGAAGAACCAUCUCCAUCUGAAAAAACAAGAAGGAGUAAGAGAAGCUCAUCUAAGAGUAGUAAAGAUUCAGAUUCUGAUAAAGAAGACAGAAAAAUUUCACCUCAAACAUCAAGGAAGAUGCACCUACUACAGAUGCUUGACCAUAUAGAUGAAGAUGUUUGGGUACAAUGUGAUAGAUGCAAUAAGUGGAGAAAGUGCUGGAUUAACUGUGACCCAUCUAUCUUACCAGAGUCUUGGACAUGCAGUAUGAGUAAAGAUCCCUUACAUAAUAGAUGUAGCAUCCCAGAAGAGAAUUGGAGGGAUGCAAAUGAACUUUACUUAUACCAUAGAUAUGUUUUAGGUUCAGUGAUUUGGGCUCGCAUACCUUCUACCCCUUGGUGGCCAGCUAUUGUUGACUUAGAUCCCGAGUACAGAUGCUAUUUGUGGGGAAAGUCAAAGGAAAAUCAUCCUGAAUACACCCAUGUUACAUUCUUUGGUGAGCCAGUCUCUCGAGCAUGGGUUACUUCAAAAUCUCUAACUCCUUUCAAAAUGAAGCACUCUGCCAGACACUUCGCCACAAUAGGUCGCUGGGAACCAGCAAUGAAGUCAGCAUUAGAAGCAGCUGUAUAUGAGGCUCAGUAUGCCCUCAUGAUGGAUAUUCAUAACCGGAGAAGGAAAUAUAGCUUUGUCUCUAGGUAUCAUGGGAAGAUAGUAUACAAUGAGGACUUCAUUGCAAGAAAUUACACCAAAAAAGGAAAGAAUAAAAAAAGAGAGCUGGAAAGUACUUCAACUGCGUGUGAAUUUUUGUCACCAACAGAAUCCAAGGCAUCAAAAG